GUUGCAUUUGCUUGCGCUACUAAGAUUCAGUGAUUGCGCGCUGUCACACGUUCACAAGCAUAAGGAGGCUGCAGCAAGAGAGAGAGGGCGCCAUGCAGCAGCACAUCCUCCACCAUCCUAUGGCUUCCUCCUCACUUUCGCUCUCUAACUCUCAACCGCUCAAGAAGCAUUACUCACCGCCUCUUUCUAAUCCAGGUAGGAGAGUGUCGAGGAAUGUAGUAAGAUGUGAAGCUCCAAAGAGAGAGAAAGAUCCAAAGAAGAGAGUGGUGAUAACGGGGAUGGGGCUUGUGUCGGUGUUUGGAAACGAUGUGGAUGCAUACUACGGUAAGUUGUUGGAGGGGCAGAGUGGGAUUGGCCCCAUUGACAGAUUUGAUGCCUCCAAAUUCCCGACCAGGUUCGGGGGGCAGAUUCGUGGGUUCACCGCUGAUGGGUACAUUGAUGGGAAGAACGACCGCCGCCUUGAUGAUUGCUUGCGCUAUUGCAUUGUGAGUGGCAAGAAGGCCCUUGAGAAUGCUGGCCUCCCAAUCGUCAAUCUCAGCAAGAUUGACAAGGAGCGGGCUGGUGUUCUUGUUGGGACUGGUAUGGGCGGUCUGACAGUCUUUUCAGAGGGUGUUCAGGCACUUAUAGAGAAAGGCCCCAGGCGCAUAACUCCAUUCUUCAUUCCUUAUGCCAUCACUAAUAUGGGCUCUGCAUUGCUUGCAAUUGAGCUUGGUUUUAUGGGCCCGAACUAUUCAAUAUCCACUGCUUGUGCCACAUCCAACUAUUGUUUUUAUGCUGCUGCUAACCAUAUCCGUCGAGGUGAAGCUGACUUGAUGAUUGCUGGUGGGACGGAAGCUGCAAUUAUUCCCAUUGGUUUGGGAGGAUUUGUUGCUUGUAGAGCUCUAUCACAAAGAAAUGAUGACCCUCAAACUGCUUCAAGGCCAUGGGAUAAGGAUCGAGAUGGUUUUGUUAUGGGUGAAGGUGCUGGAGUAUUGGUGAUGGAGAGUUUGGAACAUGCAAUGAAGCGUGAUGCACCAAUUAUUGCUGAGUACUUAGGAGGUGCAGUUAAUUGUGAUGCUUAUCACAUGACUGAUCCAAGAGGAGAUGGACUUGGUGUUUCCACUUGCAUUGAGAGAAGUCUUGAGGAUGCUGGUGUGGCUCCCGAAGAGGUGAACUACAUAAAUGCACAUGCGACGUCAACGCUUGCAGGGGACUUGGCGGAGGUAAAUGCAAUCAAGAAAGUCUUCAAGAACACUUCUAGAAUCAAAAUUAAUGCGACCAAGUCUAUGAUAGGGCAUUGUCUAGGAGCAGCAGGGGGCUUAGAAGCCAUUGCAACAGUGAAGGCCAUUACUACAGGAUGGUUACACCCCACUAUAAAUCAAUUUAAUCCAGAGCCUUCAGUGGAGUUUGAUACAGUAGCAAAUGUUAAGAAGCAGCAUGAAGUGAAUGUUGGUAUUUCCAAUUCAUUUGGGUUUGGAGGGCACAAUUCUGUGGUGGCAUUUGCUCCAUUUAAGCCGUGAUGUUGGUCUCACUGAUUGAUCCCGCAUCAAUUUUCUCACUCAAUCCUGAUUAUACUAGUUUCAAAUCAUCUAUUAACUUGUAGACAUCAUUAGUUUCAGAAUUUGAUGAUGCCUCGAGCUAUAGAAACUUCUAUGAAACUUGCCCCGUAAGGCAAAUCCGGCGCAUGAGCUUGUUAUUGAUUGAGAUUUAUUAAUUUUGACAUUGAGCUGCUCAGUAAUAGUUUUGAGUAGUUUUUUCAUUAUAGAUAUGAAUUUCCUUUCGUCCA